AUGUCGGCUCCAUCGCAACAAGGUGCAGAGGUUGAAGAGUCAACCGCUGCAGGGGACCUAUGGAGACCGCCAGUUGCGGCGACGUCCGUCGACGCCGCUCGCAUUUCCGUCGCGAGUCCUGAGACGGAGCCAAGGCAGCGCAAGGGCCGGUGGGCGCGCUCCCGCGAGGUCGCAAGGGCCUCCACCGAAGAUCCAGGCGAAAGCUGA